UCAAUCGGAUAUUCACCGUCGAGAAACGGGGAAAGCAUUGGCACAACCACCGGCUGAAGUAGAAGACAGCUAGCUUGAAGAGAAAAAGAAAAGGUCAAAAUGGCGGCGGAGUUACAGUUACCACCGGGGUUCAGAUUCCAUCCGACGGAUGACGAGCUUGUCACGCACUACCUCUGCCGGAAAUGUGCUUCUCAGGCAAUCGCCGUUCCCAUCAUCGCGGAAAUCGAUCUCUACAAGUAUGAUCCAUGGGAACUUCCUGAUUUGGCUCAGUACGGCGAGAAGGAGUGGUACUUCUUUUCACCGAGGGACAGGAAGUAUCCAAAUGGAUCAAGGCCAAACAGGGCAGCAGGAAGUGGGUACUGGAAGGCGACCGGAGCUGAUAAGCCGAUCGGCCAACCAAAGGCGGUGGGGAUCAAAAAGGCUUUGGUGUUUUACUCCGGAAAAGCUCCCAAAGGAGAGAAAACAAACUGGAUUAUGCACGAGUACCGCCUCGCCGACGUCGACCGCUCCGCUCGGAAAAAGAACAGCUUGAGGCUGGACGAUUGGGUGUUGUGCCGUAUAUACAACAAGAAAGGGGUUAUAGAGAGGCAGCCGACGCCGACGCCGACGCCGCCGCCCCAGCAAGAAAGGAAACCGAGUUUAUCUGGAAUUACAGAGGAGAAGAAGCCAGAGAUCUUGGCACGUGGCAUGGAUGGGAGGGCGCUGCCGCCGCCUGCUGUCGCGGCGGCGAAUGAUUGCGUUUACUUCGACACCUCAGAAUCGGUGCCGAGGCUGCACACGGACUCGAGCUGCUCGGAGCACGUGGUGUCUACGGCGGAAUUCACGUGCGGCGAGGUGCAGAGCGAGCCGAAAUGGAAAGACUUCAAUGCCCUCGAUUUUUCCUAUAAUUACGUGGAUCCCACCAUGGACAUGUUCCAGUGCGGGAAUCAGAUGUCGCCUCUCCAGGAUAUGUUCCUGUACCUGCAGAAGCCGUUCUGAACGGUGAUUGGUUGGGCGCAGUAACACGAGACUGAAAGUCUAUGAGUGUGCCUGUGCAUUCUGUUAGGUAGAUAGAACUUGGGCCGUUGAUACAGAAGAAAAAAGAAAAAAGAAAAUUGAUUUUGAUUCAUCGGACGAUGAAUAUUGGAUUUCCUGUGUAGUAGAGACCAGAUAGUAGCAUAGAAUGUGUACAGGAGAUCAUAUCUGUUUGUUACCGCGUGUAGGUGAUGGUCAUUCUGGUUCUUCCAUUAUAUUAUAAAAAAAUAUAUAUUCUUGUAUUUGUGCUCCCAAAAGAUUAAUUCACAUGUUUUUAUUCC